AUGUUCUCACAACAGCUGUUAUGGCUGGUGUCAUCCGUGGUUUUCCCUGUGUCUGCCGCAGAGUGUAACUCUACACCAAUCUCUAUACCUAUCCAAGAUGUUCAGGUCCUCCCUGAAAUACCAGGCUCUUUCAUGACCGGAAUCUGUGCACGUAUCGGCUCUCCAGCUCAAGAUAUCUCAUUGCCGCCAUGGGCAGAAUUAAACAACACUUGGAUAUACGACUACGAGCCGGACUGUGAUCCCACUGUCAUCUGGAAUGGCAUGAUCAGUCAAGUUCGCCGGGGCAACUACUUCUACGAGAAUGAUUCCAGGACCUUCGACAAGAAGACCAACAUAUUUGAAGCUGGAGGUGCUACGCAAGAAGAAAAUGAUCAGAUUGGACAAACACUGGGUAUACCCAACCUGAUCUCACAGUCACUACAUGACGAAGGCUGUUUCAAAGGGAUGAAGGUUACGGUUACCGCUAUAUUGCUGAACAAGAGAAAUGGAGAGGAUGUCAGCAUUGCGCCAACGUACUUCGCCCUGGCCUGCUGUAUAGUCCCUCAACGGCAAAUGUUGCUCGAAGCUCCGUCUAUCACCCGGGUCAACUUUGAAAGCCAGACUGGAAUGAGUCAUCUACGCCCUUCAUAUGGCCUUCACUGGUCUGCUACACAAUACGUGGCUACUGAGGUGUACGACGGCGACUUGACUAUACGCUUAUCCAGCGGGCUUUCCAUUCGCGUAUCCAACAACCAGUUUCUGCUCCCGUACGUCGACAUUGCCGACAACGGUACGCGGGUCACCAACGACAGUCUGGUUGACCUCCUCAUCAACAACAUGGAUCGGAGGAGACCCGACCGCAAAAUUGGUCCGUCGACAGACCCUUCGUGUACCAGUGUCGGUAGUGGUGAUGGCGGCGGCGGCGGCUCUACAGGCACUCCUUCGACUGCAACAGCUGAGUUAUCCCCAUCGAUCUCGACUGGUGCCGUUGUAGGGAUCGCUGUUGGGAGCGUGGCUGGCUUGACCGCCGUCGCCAUCGCCGUUUUCCUGAUCCUCCGGCGCCGGAGAAAGAGGCUGGCUGCACGAGCAGGUUCUCAGCCGGUGGGACCUUCGGACAACAGCACUGACGAGAAUGCAAAGCCAAAUGUAUUGACCGAGAUGCCAGAUGGCAGCGUGCCGCCAGAAAUGGUUGGAUCCGAUCUGUACCCCGAAAUGGCUGGAUCCAAUCUGCCCUGA